UGGUGUCACUACUUCUAUACGUGCGACUCUGCGUACGGAAUCUCCAUGCUACCGACCGUGUCAAGCUUUGGUGACUGGGUCAUCAUCAGCAAGUGGCACAGACGAGGCAGAGGCAUUCAUGUAGGAGAUCUGGUCAGCUUUCGACAUCCCGUCACGGAGGGGAUGCACGCGGUCAAGAGAGUAGUCGGCUUGAGCGGCGAUCUGGUGUUGAUGUACACACCCGGCAAGAGUGAUGCCAUGUUACAGGUACCAGAAGGACACUGUUGGGUCGUUGGAGAUAACUUAGCACAUUCUCGCGAUUCAAGGCAUUUCGGCCCUCUUCCCUUGGCUCUGGUCUCUGGCAAAGUCAUAGGCAAGAUUGACUGGCAGGACCGUACCCCGAAGCUUGCAGUGUUGGAGAAUGGUCUGCAGCCUGCAGCCGACGACGAU